AUCCUCUUAGCCGGAGGAAGUGGAAAUGGUAAAAAAUAAAAAUCGUGAUAGGUUUUUUUUUUUUUUUAACAACGUUUAGUUAAUUAUCGUUCGCUCAUCUGUUCCGUCCGCUCAUGCGUAGGGUUCGGCUCGCCGCACGUGAAAUAAUUAAAUUCUAUUGUAAUAUAACUGUUAUUAUUUAAUAAAAUCAAUGUUUUCAUUUUCUACAGUUAUUGUUCAACUACUGUUUUAAAUAUUACACCAUUUUAAAAUAUCAUCAGUGUAAAUCAGUUGAUAGUAUCAACAUUUUUAUCCUUACCAUUGUUUAUUAUUCUUGUGUACCUAUUGAAAAUUUAACAGCAAACUGAGCUUGAUGAAUGUUCAUCGGCGAUAUGCUCACCUCAAAGGAUCAUCAUAUACUGCCUAUUGUCAAAGUGCUAGUUUUCACAUUUUUAACAUUAGUACAUAUUCAAUAUGUUUGCUGUGGGAUGACUGAUCAAAUCGACAAUCAAUUCAAUAACUAUGCAUUUAUCGAACCAAAAUUAUUUAGUUCGAGGCAUAAAAGAGAAAUUCAAUCAACCAAAAUAAAUCCGAAUGGCCUGGAACAUACCCAUGGUAUUACCUUAACAUUUGUCGAUAAUCGACAAGAAUAUAUUAUUGAUCUCAGCCUCAAUAGAGGACUAAUUCCAGUUAAUUAUUUUGAAAAACAUCAGAAAGAUGGAGCUCAUGUGAUAAAUAAACCAAAAGCUAACGAACUUGAAUUUUGUAAUUAUAAUGGUAAAAUUCGUGAUUUACCAAAUUCCUGGGCAGCAAUUUCUACGUGUGAUGGCAUAAGAGGAAUGUUUUUUGACGGAAUUUCGUACCAUUACAUUGAAAAUGUUGAACACGAAUCAGGUGAUAAGUACCAUAUUUUGUACAAACAUGAAGAUCUAAGAGCUAAUUAUACCUGUGGAUUUCCUAGUACUCCUGAAUUUACACUUAAUGAAAUCAAACAUAAUAAAAGAAACACGAGGUCUUUGAAGGGACCAUAUAAUCAAAAUGAUAAAUCUAGAUUUAUCGAAUUAGUACUUGUUGUUGAUCAAGAAGAGUAUAAGUCGUUUAACAGUGAAUUAUCUAAAGUCCAUCAGCAUGCUAAAGAUAUUGCAAAUAUAAUAAAUUCCCUUUAUAUACCAUUAAACAUAUUUAUUGCACUUGUUGGAGUAGUUGUAUGGACUGAAUAUAAUGAAAUUUCAUUAGUGUCAAACGGUGACACUACAUUGACUAAUUUUUUACACUAUCGUCGUGAACAUCUUGUCAAAGAUCAUCCUAAUGAUAAUGCACAAUUAUUAACAAAAGUCCAAUUUGAAAAUGGUAUUGUCGGUAAAGCUUUAAAAGGACCUAUAUGUACUUAUGAAUUUAGUGGCGGUGUAAACAGUGACCACAGUGUUGUACAGGGAUUGGUAGCAACAACUAUAGCUCAUGAAAUAGGUCACAACUUGGGCAUGGAACAUGAUACACCUGAGUGUGAAUGUCCUAAUGAACGAUGUGUUAUGGCGCCUUCUUCGGGAAUACUGAGUCCAACCCAUUGGAGUUCUUGUAGUAUGGAAUAUUUAGCUCUUGCAUUUGAACAUGGAAUGGACUACUGUUUAAGAAAUAAACCUGACAAAUUAUUUGCAAGCCCAGAGUGUGGUAAUAGUUUUGUAGAAGAAGGAGAACAGUGUGAUUGUGGGGUAAAAGAUAUGUGUACCAAUCCUUGUUGCAAUCCAGAUACGUGUACGUUUUAUGAUAAUGCCACUUGUGCUACAGGAGAAUGUUGUGAUUUAAAUACUUGCCGUUUUAAGUUGGCUGGUAUGGAAUGUAGAUCAGCUCCACAUGAAUGUGAUUUACCUGAGUAUUGUACUGGGGAAUCAGAGUAUUGUCCAGAUAAUGUAUUCAAAUUUGAUGGUUCUGUUUGUGAGGAAAACAAGGCAUUUUGCUUUAAUGGGUCUUGUCGGACAAAUGCAGAUCAAUGUCGUUUAUUAUGGGGUCCUACUGGGGAAUCAUCGGAUGAACAGUGUUACAGAAUGAAUUCUAAGGGUUCACCACAAGGUAACUGUGGUUACAAUCGCCUAAACAAGACAUAUGUAAAAUGUGCCCCAGAGAAUGUAAAAUGUGGCAUGUUGCAAUGUAAGCAUAAGAAUGAACGUUUAGAAUUUGGUAUGGAGACUGUAUCCACCGUAUCACACACAUUUAUUAACAGUAAUGGUGUAAUGAUACCUUGUAGAACAGCUAUUGUGGAUUUGGGUUUAAAUGAUGUUGAUCCUGGUUUAACACCAGAUGGUGCAAAAUGUGAUGAAAAUAAGAUGUGUGUGAACCAAAAAUGCAUGAAUGUGACAGAGUUCAGAGCAAGAAGUAAUAAUAAUUGUGAAAAUAAUUGCAAUGGAAAUGGAGUGUGCAACAACAAAGGCAAUUGUCACUGUAAAAUUGGUUAUGCGGCACCAAACUGUGAUCUUCCUGGUCCUGGAGGAAGUGUAGAUUCUGGACCAGCAUCCAGUCCAAACACAUUCAAAGGAUUCAUGACUGGAAUGUAUGUUCUUACAUUUGGGGCCAUUCCACUGUUAUUAGCUAUUUUGUUAUUUGCCUAUUGUUCGAAGAAUCACCAUUCACCAUCUGACUGGAAUAAAACUAAUCGCAAAAAGCUAUCCAAUGAUUCAGAAAUCGGUAACAAACCUAAUGGUACUGUUUCACCUUCGAGUACGUUAUUGAUAGACAAUCAAAAACCACCAUCACUUCACGCGGAUCUGGUGGGUAACUACAAAGGAUUCAGCAUUAAACCGUUGGUGCCUGCAAGUGAACAGCCGGUCGUCUCUAGAACUCCGAUCAGACCGGCACCUUCUGCACCUGCCGCCGCCGUUUCCGUGUUGAACGAAAAGGGCGGUAGGCUGCAGAUAAGUCAACCGGUGUUGGACGCGACUACGUCGUCUACUGUACACAAGUUGGUGUCUAUACCGUCAAAACCGGCGCCGCCGGUACCGACUGCCGCCAGACCCGCGUCGAUGGUGGCGGCAGCGGCGACGGCGGACAAAAAUAGCGGCGUCGGAGGGGGAGGUGGAUAUCCGACCCUGCGCAGGAUUACGUCGUUCAUGAAAAAUCAAAAGACCGACGAGAAAAAGCACACGAUCCCUCGCGCCAACUCCAAGUUCGAAGAAGAGUUGAAAAAACUGGAAAUAUCGAACCCUAUCCUCCAGAAAGAGAUAAACGUACCGUCGGAACCGUUGCCACUGGAGGCGGAUCAACACAAAGCGGUCGUGCUCAGGGCUCAGAGCCUGCGCGUAGCCAACAACUCCAAUCACAGACCGCGCGUACCAAACUUCGGGUCGAUGAAGUGCAAGCGGCCCACCAGCGUUGCCGCCCCGACGGCAGCGACCGCGGUCGCUGUCGCCUGUUCGAGGCCCACUUCGCCGCCACCGCCGCGUCCGCCGGCUUCGCAACCGGUCCCGGUCCAGGUCGACUACCAGAUACCUCGAUCGCUGCAGGCGACCGGCCGCAGGGGCGACGGUUUGAGGGCCGCGAACGUCAGUUGCGAGGACUUGGAGAACAUCUACUCGGUGAUCGACGAGCGACCCGUGGUGGACGUGGACGAGGAGGACGACUCGUGCGCGUACAAAGUGCCCAGGUCGUUGGAGAGUUCGUUGCUGGGCGAAAUCGUGUCGGCGAUACAGGAACGCAAUCAAGAAUCCAUUUACACCAGUAAACCGACCGUCGACGUGCCUACGUCGCAGAAGCAGCAGCCCCAUCAGCAGACUUACGAAAAUUUUAAGCCGUCGUCGGCGGGUUCGACCACCAGUUCCGGGUACAUGCGCCCCGUGGACGUCAAGUCGCGGGCCGCGUCGUACGAUCAACCGGACUUGGUGAAAAACUGCGAUGAGAACCGAUCGUUGAACCCUUCGCCGGACGUGCUCGAAGCGAAAAAGCUACCCACGGCCGACAAACCGACCGUACUGUUUCCGAAACCGGUUGUAGGCGCGGCCGGCAAGUCGGCGUUAACGGCUACGGUGGGUCUGAAAAAAAAACUUUCGGACAGUAACCGAUACCCACCGUCGAAGAAAGGCGUGGCCGAUAUUCAAAAGAGAUUUGAGAGCCACGGAAACGUACUGAAAAAUCCUCCAGUGUCGACCAAACCGAAUAUCUCUGGGAACAGGUAAUGGUUUUCGUCGACAUAAAACAGUAUACAGAUGUUUUAUUAUUACUAUUAUUUAUUUAUUUAUUUGGGGGGUGGACGGAAGACUGCUGUCAUGACACCCGCUUUUUUAUAAAUUUUUUUACAUACACAAUGGUGCUUAUAUUUAUCAUUUUUAUUUAGAAGUUACUGUAAGUGAGUUAUAAUUAUGUGUAAUUAUUUUGAUGUACAUACAGUAUUGUUUUAUUUUAUUUUUAUUUUUUUGAACAAAAUGACUUAUUAUUAAAAAAAAAACAAUGUGAUAAACUUUACUCAAAAUUAAAUUUAUUUGUGUUCGAAAAGUGUUAGUUCCUUUAAAGAAAAUAUUGCAAAUUUUAAUUUCUCGGAGUAGUGUAGUUGUAUUUUCAUUUUUAUGUGUACUCUUCAAGCUGCACAUCAAAUUAUAAUAUAAUAAAUAAUUAACUAGACCUUCGGGAUGCAUUAUUUACCUAUGGCUUCAUGGCUUAUAACUCCAAUCAUAAUUUUAUUUUUAUUUAUUUUCUCUAUUUUUAUUUUACUAGUCAUUAUGUUUAAUACUUUAAUGUGAACUUUAUGUAUAUUAUUCUAUAUUAUGUGUUUUGUGUUCAUGUACUAUACAUAUUUUUGUCUCUAUGCUUUUUAUAAGCUUUAUUACCAGCUAUUGCUCUAUGUCUACAAGUAUAACAAUCACAUCUGCUAAUUGCUAAAAGUAUCAUUUUUUUAAUUUUUUUUUUUGAAUUCCACGCUGCUGAAUUUAUAUGAUUUUUUUUUGUUUCUGCAAAUAUACUUCAAAGGAAAAGGAAAUAAAAGACACUAAUGUUAUUGACGCCAAAGGCUCAUGUUCCUCAUAGUCUAUUAUUAUAUUAUAUAAUUAUUUUAUUUAUUAUUAUUUUUAUUGUAUUUGUAUAUAUUGUACUUAUAUUUUAUAUUUUACAUUUUUAUUUGAAAAUAAAAUAAAAAUUUUAUAUUACAUUUUUA